GUUGAAACAAUACAAUUAUUCAACAUUCAACUUAAUUCUGCAUCUAAAUUAAUCGAAUUUAUUAGAUCGAUUUAAAUGAUUUUCAAUGAAAUUUGAUAAUUUUUCAUGGAAACAUACGCGAAUUAUUUCUAUGUAAUUAGUAGUUGAUUUUAUAGAUGGCGGGAUGGAAGGGUUAGGAAAGUGAGGGAGGUGAAUUAAGGAGUUUUUCGAUACGUGUUGAUGUUUACAAACUAAAAGUCGUAGGAUUCCAUGUAGUAUAGGAUAGCUUUGGAUUAAAUAUUUUUUUGCAAUGGCUCAAGCCAAACAUAAUUUGCCAGAAGCAUCUAACGGGACGAUGAUGGAAAAGGAAAAAGACAGUAAUGAAGAUAAAGAAGGUUCUGUAACGAUACCAGAAUGUGCAGUUUGUCUUCAACCUUGCAUACAUCCAGCAAGAUUACCUUGCAAUCAUAUAUACUGCUAUUUAUGUGUAAAGGGUGUUGCUAAUCACAAUAAAAGGUGUCCUAUGUGUCGUCAAGAAAUGCCAUCCGAUUUUGUUGAAAGACCACAAUUGGUAGAAGUCGACGAAGUUAAGGAAUUAGAACGACCCGAGGAAGAAUAUCAAUGGUUUUACGAAGGCAGAAAUGGUUGGUGGAAGUAUGAUUCAAGGAUCAACAAGGAUUUGGAGACUGUAUAUGAACUAGGUGAAACUAAAUGUGAAAUGUUGAUCUGUGGCAUACUUUAUGUGAUUGACUUUGAAAAGAAAUGUCAGUACAGAAAAUAUCAGCCACGUUACAAAAGAAAUAUCAAACGUGAUAGAAAAGAUGCACAAUGUAAAGGAGUUUCAGGAUGGUGGCAGUAUGAUCAACGUACAAGUCUUGAAUUAGAAACUGCUUACAAACAAGGAAAGAGGACUUGUGAUUUAUUGAUUGCAGGGUUUUUAUAUAUUGCGGAUUUUGGUUCCAUGCAACAAUUACGUAGAAAUGAUCCUUCCAGGAGAAGAAGAAUUAAACGAGAUUUGUAUAAUGUUCCAAAAAAAGGAGUCGCUGGUUUGAGACUGAACGUUCAAGAAGAAGAAAUGAUUAGAGAAAUAAGAGGCGCGGAAAGGCCAGCAAGUCCUGAAAGCGAUACUAUAAGUGGAGAUGGUACAAGUACUCCUAUACCACCAAGUAAUACUCCACAAACACCAGCUGGUGGAACUGCAAGUGGUGAUGCUACACCAUUAAAUGAUAGAAUGGAUCAAAGAUCUGAUUCUUUGCAUCAGGUUUUAGAACAAAUGCGUUCAUUAGUAUUAAUAGAACAUUUAUCAUUUAACAGUAAUAAUGAUUUGGAAGAAACAGCAGAGGAUGAAUCGGUGUCUGAACAUUCUAUACUUUCUUGUAUACCAACGUCACACGAAUCGGAUGAAGAUCAUUUGUAGGAAAAAGAAAUAUGAAUUUCACCCUCUCACUUAUUUGUGAUACAUCAAAUUAUUGAGAAAUAAAAUACAACCAAAGAACUACGUUAUGGUUAACAAUCACAAAUAUAAUAUUAAGAAGUAAAUAUUAUUCUGUGAUAUGUCACAAUGCACAGAGAGGGCCCUUAAAUAUCAACUUCUGAUCGAUCAGAAAAAUUAAAUCUAAGAAAAUAUUCAAAUUAUUGAUUAAAUAUAAUAUCGAAAUAUAGAUCAACACUUGUAAAACAGUAUCGAUAAAAUCAAUUAAUGUAAUAUAUGUAAUAUGAGCGUUCCUACUAUUCUUUUAACUACAUAUAAAUGAAAUAUACAAAAUAAUUUUGGAUUAUAUAAUGAAAUCAAUUGAGCACUUCAAGUUUCUUUAGAAAUAAAAAAAAAGCA